ACGUCUUAACUCGAGUAUCUUCCCCUUCCCUUAGGCGUCAAAAAAGAAAAUCUCCCGUCUCCUCCGCUCCUUGCGCCAAGACGAGUCGCGGCUGAACAGGGGAGGGGCGCCGAUCUCCAUCCGGCGAGCAGAGCAGGGCAGGGGAGGGGAUCCUGAAUUGUGGAGGACUUAGAGGUUGUGGCACACUACAGCUUUGAACCAUGUCAUCGAAGAAAAUAGAGUUGGACCACAAGGACAUGGUCCAUGAUUCAGCUAUCGACUACUAUGGCAAGCGCCUUGCAACUGCCUCCUCAGACUCCACUGUCAAGAUCUCCAGCAUAGGCGGCAAAUCUGCCCCAUCCCAGCUCCUUGCAACACUCAGCGGGCACUAUGGCCCUGUGUGGCGUGUCGCAUGGGCCCAUCCUAAGUAUGGUACUAUCCUCGCAUCCUGCAGCUAUGAUGGGCGUGUGAUCAUUUGGAAGGAGGGUGCUGGAGGCCACUGGUCUCAAGCCCAUGUAUUUACUGACCACAAGUCCUCUGUCAACUCCAUUGCUUGGGCCCCAUAUGAGGUUGGUCUUUGUCUCGCCUGUGGGUCUUCUGAUGGAACCAUUUCUGUCAUGACUAUGCGAGCUGAUGGGGGAUGGGACACUGCAAGGAUUGAGCGAGCUCACCCUGUUGGUGUGACAGCAAUCUCCUGGGCUCCAGCAACAGCACUUGGUUCUCUGGCUGGUUCAGGAGAGCUUGUUUAUAAGCUUGUCUCUGGUGGUUUUGACUCAGUUGUUAAGGUCUGGGGAUUUGUCAAUGGUGGCUGGAAACUGGAGAGUGCUCUUCCUUCAGAUGUUCACACAGACUGUGUGAGAGAUGUUGCAUGGGCACCAGUGUUGGGCUUAGCUAAGGCGACCAUCGCCAGCGCUUCUCAAGAUGGGAAGGUUGUCAUUUGGAGUAGAGGGAAAGUUGGUGAUAAGUGGGAGGGAAAGGUCAUGCACGACUUCGGGUCCCCUGUUUGGAGGGUUUCCUGGUCCUUGACUGGAAACAUAUUAUCUGUAGCUGCUGGUGAGAACAACAUAACUCUGUGGAAGCAAGCAUCAGAUGGGCAAUGGGAAGAGGUGAUGAAGGUUGAGCCAACAAAACCCGAGUCAUCGGAAGAGGUGAAGAAGGCUGAGCAGUAGGAAGAUUGUGUGACGGCUUCAGUUUUUUGGCAUAUUCACAUUUUGAUAAGAUUCUGCCAUACCUAUUCUUUUUUUUGCAAGCAAACCAACAGAACAUUCAAUCACCUAUUGUUUAGUACUUAGUAUCUUUACAUCAGCUGCAUUUCUACUUUGGAUGGGUUGUGAUUUAGAAUGCAACGCUUUUCUGAUUGUUGUACCUAUUUGUUUCUGUAUAUCUUUGGGCUUUGUUUUGAUCAUUGUCGAACAUCACAGCUAUUACAAGUGUUAUCAUGUACUGGAAAACGAUUUGGUGUUCCUCUGAUUUUCAUCGUGAUGUGGUUAGUAUGCA